AUGUCACUAGAAGACGAAAAAGCAGAUACAUUCAUCCAAGAACGUCUAGACGCCCUCUACGAUAUUGACUGCAAGGUUGUCUCCCUCCUAGACAACCUCUCGCUGCUAUUCCAAACAUACUCCACUGAAAGCAUGGACAAUAUAAAAUCUCUGUUCCCACAACAGACAUCUCAAAUAUACGAUAUACUCAGUAAAGUGGCGAUUGAUUUACGUAAGGAAGUCAAGAUAAUGGAUGAUAACAUUGGAGUAUACGACAAGAACAAAGACGGGGUUAUGAUCUUGCCUAUUAGUGUUGAACAAAAAAACACUCAAUUAGGAGUGAAGAGACUAAAUAUGGAAGUCAAGGAAUUGGACAAGUUACUAGAAAAGGAAGAACAAUUACAAUCUCAAGAGGAAGAACAACAACCGGAACCAGAACAGCAGAUCUCUUCUGAAGAUGUUGACAUGAUUAUCCCAGAAAUAAAACCACAGGAUUCAAUAGAUAAUGUCAUUGACAAAUUAGAGAAUGAUGUUGAUGAUUUAUUCUAG